UGAGCAGCUCACUGCCAGCUCUCCUGUCAUAUCUCCAGACGCCUACAAGAGCAGAGACUUCCAGACUUCCAUUGGCAACAAAGAAAUACCAACCUGAUGGAUCUGCAGCACAGAAAUGGAGUAAGAAGAAAUGCAAAGAAAACACAGUUCUUUGUGUGCUGAGAGAGCAGGCUGGUACAGCCUCAGAAAUGCUGCCAAGUUCUCAGCCAAGAACAUCCCUGAGCCAUCAACUACUAAAAAAUGGUGCCUUGACAACCUGGUGACCCAGACAAAGCAAGGAUUAGUUCCAAGAGAGGGUCUCAUGGAAAUUGCCCAUGGGAGUGGACAUUUGGAAGGUGUGAAGCUGGAGCAGGGCAUCAGCAGCAGUUCCUGCCAGCAGCACUCCAAGGCAAGGCAGCCUCCUCACAAGAGCUGUGGCCAAGUGGCCACAGAUUUCCACAAGGCCUUUGUCCAAGUGGCCAAGGACACUCACAAGAUCUCUGGCCAAAUGACCAAGCAUUUUCACAAGACCUCUGGCCAAGUGACUAAGGCUCCUCAGGAAUCUCAUGUUAUGAGCACACACAGCUCUCUGAAGCCUGUUGUGCACACCAAGGAGCCAUUGCCCAGGAAGACUGUGGGUAUCAAAAGGCCCAGCAAGCCCCUGGUGCAUGACAAAUCCAAAAACGUCCUGAACCUGGAGAGUGAGCCUGGUGUUUUGGAGGUCAGAGACCACUCCUUCAAAGACAAGCUGAAAGUCCAAGAAGCAGAGAACCCAAAACCUGCUUUCAGAAAUGGCCUGAAGCUGGGAGUGCAAAAACACUUUGAGAAGAGGAAGCACAAGGACCCAAACAUGAGCUGUGCCCACGUGCCCAAGGCUCCUGACCAGAGUUGUGUCCAAGUGGCCAAGGCUACUCACGAAUCUGAUGUUACAUCCAAACACAGCUUUCUGAAGCCUCCUGUGCACACCAAGGAGGCCUUGCCCAAGAAUACUCUGGGUAUCAAAAAGCCCAGUAUGUCCUGGGUACACGAUGAAUCUAAGAGAGUCUGGAAGGCAGAGAGGGAGCCUGGUCUUAUUCAGGUCACAGACCAGUCUUGCAAAGACCAGCCCAAAGUCAAGAAAACAAUUAAGCCAAAAGCCACUGACAAAAAAGACCUGAAGCUGGCACUUCACAAGCCCUCUGAGAAGAGAAAGGACAAGGCCUCCCACCAGGUCAACGCCAAAGGCUUUUUGGAGCCCAGGCUCCUGAGACAUGCUCAGGAAUAUGAUGCCUUUGUCCCCUGUGGCCACAGGCCUGGGGAUUUGCACAAGGAGAAAGUGCCCUUGCCUCCUGGGGACAAGAAGUUGUUCUUGACUUCAAGGGAGGCAGACUUGAAGAGGAAAGCCAUGAGGAGUCCUGAGGAGUCCCCUGGAAAGAAGAAGAGGGAAGACAAGGGGGACACUCCCAGGAAGAAAAAGAAAUGAGACAAAAUAUUCCCAACAAAAUAAUUUCAGCUUUCAGCAAACAAAGGCUCCAAUAAACUGAAAGCAUCAGAAGAUUCAUUCCAAACUGAGAGGACAAAUGCACUGCUGCCACCACUGCCAGCCGCGACUGAUUCACAACAUGCACCAAAAUUGACCACGAUGACCCGAAAAGAGACCCAGAACUGCGACUGACGACCUGGACCUGCCUGAUCCCUCACUGCUCUCCCAGCCACUGAGCAAGGAAACCUGCUGCUGAAUUUCUCGGUGCUUGGGAAAAGUUUAUUGGUACAAAACACUGUGAGCUGCCAGGGAUCAUCAGGGGAUGAGAAGAAUCCUCUUCCAGUAAUUUCUCUGCCACAUGAAGACAAGACAAGAAGACCUGAAGUUAGAACAACUUUUCUGCUGAACAAAGCUAAGUGAUGUGACCAAGAGCUGGCCUGCCCUCAUGCACAGAAUGAGACAGAAUUUACAGUGACCGAGACUAGAACCAAGUGCCUCGAUUGGGUGUCCAGGAUGUAAAUAGUUCCAAGUUCUCUGUCCAAUUGAAACCUUACAAAGAGUUUUGUUUUGUUUUUAUUUUUUGUUCAAUGCAAAGCACCUGCAUAUUAUUUUUGUUUUAAAUACAGUUUAAAACCCUACAGUUGUAGGGGUUUUUUUUCGGCUGGAAAACUUGUGUUUUUUGAAGGUAAUGCUUUUCUACCUUGCAAAAGAAGGGACUGGGGGUGGUACCUGCCUAUGAAAUGACCUAGUGCAAUGAAUUGUCUGAAUGGGCCCACAUCAUGAUGGUGUAUAAAUGUCUCUAUUAUGAAUAACUAACAGGACAAUUUUCAGACCUACUGCUGACAAGGAAAUCUGCACUCAGACUGUGUUACUGAGGGUCUUGCUCAGUUUCAGCCUUGUCAGACCGAAGUUUGGGUGGCAAAAUGACACCCAAAGUGUGGCUGGAAACAGCUCUGUCUGUCUCCCGUGCUGGGGGGAUGGGACUCAUGGUGGGGAUUCCUCCUUGGGCUGCUUUUUGGCGUUUGGGUUGGUGGAGAUACAAAACUGCAGCAGGUCCUUGGGAUUCCUUGGACAUUGUUGUGAGUCUGAGAGGUUCCAGGGAAAGGAAUCUCUUCUGACUAAGGAGGGAAUAAGUGGCUGAAUGUGGAACAUAAGGCACAUUUUGCAUUUGGAUAUUUGCCUGCAAGCACUGGUUGUAUCAGUGAGUAUCCAAGAGCAGAAUUUGAUAUCAAAGUCUUCCUGUGGGAGAUGACUCAAGCUCCCUCUCACCCACACCUAGGAUAGGCCCAGUGACUUAGAAGCCUGUCAAGGGAACCCAAAAUAGAAAAAUUAGCUCUUUGCAAGCACUUCUCCCUUGCCACACUAACAGUGGAGGCAGCAUCCUCAGCACCAGUGUGUUCAGUUGACACCCUUCUCUACCCAAAUAUCUCCUGGAAAUUAUUCUUGCAGUAUGGCUCAAGGAGUUAUUUUUUCAGAGAAAUCACACUUCUGUGGAAAAAAAAAGAAAAGCCCAAAACCUUUCAAGGUUUUCAGUCACCUUUCAGUUGACUUUGAUGGGCUUUGGAUCAAUGUUAUUUAUACAAGAUAUUUAGAAUCAAGUUCAAAAACUGUUGAACAAGAAAUUUUACUUGCACAAGUAGUUUCA